GAAACAGCUGAGCUGACGCUGACAGUCGCAUCCAGCGCUCCGUAUCGGUAGUGUCUUCAGUUCCGCGCCGGACCUCUACCUCUCCUAAUAAUGACAAUACUAUCACCGAAUUUAGCAACAAUAUUACCGGGUAGUUCGUAGAUAUCAUUUCUAUUCAUAUUUUCGCGGGGACUUUUAGUCAUAAGAUCACAUAAAAUGGGCGAGCGAGAGAGGAUAGGAAAGAAUACCAUCAGGGUUGGUUUCUAUGAUAUCGAGAGGACUAUCGGGAAGGGAAAUUUCGCUGUUGUGAAACUUGCCAAGCACAGAAUCACAAAAACUGAGGUUGCAAUUAAGAUCAUCGAUAAGAGCCAACUAGAUGCCAGCAACUUGCAGAAAGUAUAUCGUGAAGUCGAUAUAAUGAAAAGAUUAGAUCAUCCUCAUAUUAUCAAGCUAUAUCAGGUGAUGGAAACCAAAAAUAUGAUCUAUUUGGUAUCAGAAUAUGCUAGCCAGGGAGAAAUUUUUGAUUACAUUGCCAGGUACGGUCGAAUGACUGAGGAUCAAUCUAGGAAUAAGUUCUGGCAGAUCCUGUCAGCUGUAGAAUACUGCCACAAUCGUAAUAUAGUACACAGAGAUUUAAAGGCUGAAAAUCUUCUUUUAGACUCCAAUAAUAAUAUAAAGAUAGCAGAUUUUGGAUUUUCUAAUUACUACACAAUAGGCGGCCAGUUGUCAACGUGGUGUGGGUCGCCCCCGUAUGCCGCCCCUGAAGUUUUCGAGGGCAAGAAGUACGUUGGACCAGAAAUUGACAUAUGGAGUUUAGGGGUAGUCCUAUACGUUUUAGUAUGCGGUGCUCUCCCGUUCGACGGUUGUUCACUACAAGCCCUUCGAGACAGGGUACUUUCCGGUAGAUUUAGGAUACCAUAUUUUAUGAGUUCAGACUGCGAAUCUCUCAUACGAAAAAUGUUAGUAUUAGAACCGAACAAAAGGUACAGCAUCCAACAGAUUAAAAAACAUCGGUGGAUGCAAAUGGGUGUACCGCCAAUUCUACCUCCUACCAUUAGCUUUUCUAAUUCUCAACCCAACGAACAAAUUCUGAGGCUAAUGCAGAGCUUAGGCAUUGAUGGAUCUAAGACGAGAGAGUCGAUUAGACUUGGCAGCUACGAUCACCAUGCAGCCAUCUACUACUUGUUGUUAGACAAGCUACGAAGCCAACUGGUAGGGGGCGACAAUCAAACGGGAGCCCGCGAAGCUCAAAGGCGAAGGCCGUCCAACGUAGCUGAGCAGGCGAUGAGGAAGAUCUGCCGAGCCAGCACCACCGAAGACUGCCGAAGGUUGUUACAGAAUUCCACAGGUACCCCAACCGCGAGCAAUAGCAAAAUUUGCACCAAAUCCAACAGGAGUUGUGAUUCUCCGCCCACGCAUGGUAUAGAUGCUGCUAAGUUGUUGGCGGCCACCAAUAGUGAAGACGCUUUGAAGAUAUUGAAUCAAGCUAGUUCUAAAACAACGUUUUCUAUGUGUAGUGAAGCCACUAAGCUGAUGUCGACUUUGCAGAUGUCUGCGAUACCCUCACCUUCUGUUGACAAUUCGGUUUUUAAGGAAUAUAGCCACCAGGGACAUGCGUUGCCGUAUUUACAGACGGGAAGUUGCCUGCCGUCGUUUGAUAUUCCGGAAACCAGGGGAUCCAUCGGGAGGUUUUCCUCAAAUUACAAAAGCGCAGAAAUCCAAACUCAAUACUCCAGCUCGACCGACGAAGGUGUCGAAACAGAUCUCGAAGACCACCCCCCUCGCCUAAGCUAUACCUCCUCAAACUCCUCAAGCGGCGUCAUGACCAACUUCAACGCAUCCAAGAGUCUCAGCCAAAACUUAAGCUGUGAUAGCAACUUCGAAAGCCUAGAAUAUCCGCUGUCCGAAUCCAGCGAACUGGCCAGCAGCUUGCCCAGUUGCACCUCCAUGGAGAAGAAACCAGAGCCCGUGCUGAGUUCGGCCAGCGUGUUAUCCACUCACUAUUCGCUUACAUCGAGGCCGGUUUUUCACAAGCAUAACCCUCUGUCGCACAUGUCGAGCUUCAAGACAACCAGGGGAAUCACCAGAUCGCCGGUGGAUUUUCGAGAGGGUAGACGAGCUAGUGAUGGACUCGUCGCUCAACAAGUAGCAGAUACUAGUAGAGUGGUGGCUUUUAAUUCACAAAAGUUUACUGAAAAACGUAAGGCCAAAGGUGUGUUGGACAUGCACCUAGUUCAACGCGAGAAUCAAAGACUGCAACCCCAGUAUCCAGUACCAGUAAGAGAGACCCCCGAAGACGUGUCGCCUAGACAGAAUCAAUAUUUGCAACCCAGACCCAACAAAAGGAUCAGUUUGCCAGACAAUUUUAACUACACCAACCCCGGUGUUGAGUCAGUGCAACUUCAAACAGCUAUGCAACACAGGUUGCUCCAACAAAAACGUCAAAUUCUCCAAAAACAAUGCGCUCUAUCCCACCAAUCAACACCAGUGACGUCCCUAGAAACCACCCACUCGCUGUCUAGACGGCAAAUGCUGCGCCAAGCUAGUUACAAGAUAGCUCAGCAACAACCAGUCUUGCCUCCUCUCCCCUUGUCAGAAUCCGAAAGCAAAGAUCUAUUGGCUUUCCAGGCACUUGUUGAAGGCGCUGGAGAGUCUUGGAACGUUCCUAAUAACUGUCAACUGUCCGAACCAGUUUCACUGCCAACGCCGUCUUGGCAAGCUACGAGUGCUACUUGGAAUCAGGGACCUCAAUUUCCUGCGAACCACUCGACUGUAUGGCCUCCACUACUGCCACUAAGGGAGAGUCCAAUUUUAGAAUUAACCGAGCAAAUGGAAUCCAUGUAAAACUUUUUCAAUUUUUUAAAUACUCAUAGAGUGACC